AUGGUGUGGAAGCCGGCCCAGUCCUCGGGGCCCUCGGGGCUGUCGGCCCAGCCGCGGCAGGGCGUCACCAGGACGAGGCGGCCGACCAGGUCGCGGGUGCAGCCCGGCCCGGCGGCCUCGACGGUGCCGCAGGCGUCGGAGAAGAGGGGGCUCUCGAACGACACGUCCGGGUACAGGUGCUGCCGGAUGAAGACGUCGCGGUGGUUGAGCGCCGCCGCCCGCAUCCGCAGCAGCAGCUGGCCCGGCCCGGGCCGGGGGCUUGGGCACCGCCCUCAGCUGGAGCGGGUAGUAGACCGCGCCAGGCUUGCCACGCUUGUGUUUGAGCGUGAGAAUGUGCGGCAUGGCGGGCUUCUGUCGGUUGACUUGGCAGGUUGGCACGUGGUGGUUGUAGUGGUGGUGGUGGAGUUAUCUCCGUCCGCGGCCUGAUGCCUGUGCUUCUUGCCCUGCAGCUCGAGGAAGCGGAUGCGAGCGGCCUUUCCUAUCAAAGGAAGUCGACCGGCAAGUCUCUGCUGUCACGGCCAAGCUGGAGUCAAAUGAAUGUUUCAAG